GAAGGACACGGUGGAACAGCUGGUUGUGGUCUCUCUGGUUGCUCUUCUGCCCUUUCUCCAGCCUCAGGGAGGAUUGGGAAUGAAGAAUGUGGGGUCCUUGGUCCAUUCUGAGGAGAAUUUUGUGCAGGGUGAGAGAUAUGGAUCUAGCUUCAUGCUUCUACAGCCCAACCCCACCCCCGGCCCCUGCAGUGACGCAGCUCUGGCUGUGCUCUGCGGCACUGUGAGAAGAACCGUCUAUGUGCACUUCAAGACUUUGCGACCAGCACUGCACUCAGACUCCGCAGAGCCUAAGCCCAUCCACAGCACCGACGGAACCUUCCACGCUCUUGAUGCACUGUAGAUCCCCAGAGGCCUCCGUGUUCCGAAUGUGGCUCAUCUGAAAUGAUGCAUGGCAAAAUUUCAAAGAAUGAAUGCAUGAAAGAGGAAUUGGGUCGGACCUCUUGCAGGGAAGCGUGGACGGACUGAAGAUGGAAAGAGCCGAGGAGAGCGCCUGUGGUGCGGAAGGGGCCGCGCGGGCUCCCGAAGCGCAGCUGCGGCUGGUCCUGGUGGGCAGGAGCGGGACGGGCAAGAGCGCCACGGGGAACAGCAUCCUGGGCCGGCGCUGCUUCGAGUCCAGGCUCGGCGCCACCUCGGUGACCAGGACGUGCGCCGCCGGCAGCCGCCGCUGGGCCGGGUGGCACGUGGAGGUCGUGGACACCCCGGACAUCUUCAGCGCCCACGUGCAGCGCACGGACCCCGCGUGCGCCGAGCGAGCCCGCUGCUACGUGCUGUCGGCGCCCGGGCCGCACGCGCUGCUCCUGGUCACGCAGCUGGGCCGCUACACCGCCCAGGACCGCCAGGCCUUCGCCCAGGUCAAGGAGCUGUUCGGCGACGACGCGGCGGCGCGCACCGUCGUGGUCUUCACGCGCAAGGAGGACCUGGCCGGCGGCUCGCUGCAGGAGUACGUGCGCGCCGCCGACAACCGCGCGCUCGCCGAGCUGCUGGCCGAGUGCGGCGGCCGCGCGUGCGCACUGGACAACCGCGCGGGCGGCGCCGAGCAGGAGGCGCAGGCGCAGCAGCUGCUCGGCCUGGUGGCGCGCCUGGCGCGGGAGCACGGGGACGCGCCCCUCACCAACGACGUGUACGCGCUGGCGCACGCGCUGCGGGCCCAAGAGCCCCAGGAGCGGCUGCGCGGGGUGGCGCGGCAGCUGGCGGCGCGCAUGCGCAGGCCCCGGGGGCGGUGGGCGUGGCCGAGGCCCCAUUGGCUGGGCUGGAGGCGGGGCGGGGCCGUCGUGCUGGGGGCGGCGCUGCUGGUCCUCUGGCUGCUCUACCGCAGAGCUGAGCCCCUGGCCGGGGUGAUCUGAGUGACAGGACUCAGGUCUUAAAAGGUGUAGUGUAGCUGGGCGUGGUGGCGCAUUCCUUUAACCCCAGCACCUGGGAGACAGAAGUAGGAGGAUUGCCAUGAGUUCGAGGCCACGGGAGGUUGGACCCACCAACAUUCUAUCAUGGAUGGCGGAAGAUAGAAAAAAGACAUUGGAAACCCGGCGUGGUGGGGCACGCCUUUAAUCCCAGCACUCAGGAAGCAUAGGUAGGAGGAUUGCCAUGAGUUCGAGGCCACCCUGAGGUCAGCAUGGACCAGAGUGAGACCCUACCUCAAAAAAUAAAAAAUUUCAAAAAGACAAUGGAGUAGAAGAGAAAUUUACUGGAAAGAAGAUGGGGAGGAGGGCAAGAGAA